AUGCCUUCCGGGAACACGCCACGGCUUCUAUUGGGGAAAGCCGAUCUCCGCCAGCGGCAGCUGCCCGAGGCCGCCAAAGUGCCUGCGGCCGAGCCCAGCACACAGCAGAAAGCUGCUGCCUCGCUGCCGACGGCAGCCAAAGACGGCAGCCUUGCGAAGCUUCUGCAAGACUUCCCGGAGAAAGAAAGGACAUGCAGUGCUCCCACCGAUCCGAAUGCCUCCAUCAAGAAGGACGAACUCAUUCCAGUCCUUCCGGAGAAUGCAAUCGACAAGAUGAAGAGGGACGAAGCCAUCUCAGGGUGCCCCCUUCCUGUGCCAGUCACUGUGCCAGUCGCUCCAGAGGAGGGUGGCACGUGCAGUCUGAUGUGA